AUGAGAAGAUGCCGUCGGUUUGCGUGGCCUGUUUUGUAUGUGAAAGCCGCGGUUAAAAUACGGUCCCACGCAACCAUCGCCGUAACACAGACCACAAAAUGGCAUUGGAACGAUUGUGGAAAAUUGUCAUCAUUGCCGCUGUUUGCUUCCAUUAUUUCUCGGUACAUAGCAGGCAUCCUCUACAACUACAAUGUCCUCUUUGUUUACUUUGAGGAGGAAUUUCAAAAAGGAGCUCUCUACACCGGUUGGGUAGGCUCCCUGGCCGCUACCCUCUACUGCGUGGCGUCCCCUCUGGCCGUGGUCCUGGGCUCCAGGUUGGGCAACACCCGGCUGGCCCUAGUCGGCACGCUCUUGCAGGCGGUCAGCUACCUGUCCACUUCCUUCAUCUCCUCGCUUGACUAUGGCUUCCUAACCUUCGGACUGCUGGUGGGCUUAGGCUGCAACUUCGCCUACUGCGCCGCAGGGAGCGCGUUGCUGGGCUGCGUCUCGAGUCACGGCAAGAACCGAUGUCGAGCGACUGGGAUCGCCUUAACGUUUUGUUCCGUUGGUAAAAUACUGCCAUCGUUAUUUCGUCCUUGUUUAUCAGAAGCGCACCGCUCUACAAAAAAGGGGGGGUGUGAUAGACCCUGUGCCCACAGUGUUCUCCUAUGUCGAAAACAAACCAACGCUUUUGCAAAAAACCAACGAUGCUCUUUGCCGAUAACAUCGUUACACCCGUUUUACAAAGCAAAGUUGGGGUUUUCGGUGUAUCGGGAUGAUCACUUUGACGAUUUUAGGCCAGCCGGUUUGCCAAAUAUUUGA